CGCUGUUCCACACUCCGGAGCAGAAGGUGGCGGUAAUGCACCUGUUACGCUGGUUGGCAGCCGUCGUUAAAAACCAAGAAGAAGAAGAACUCGGGGAAUCACAAUGGCAGGUCAAGAGCGCGAAGUAGUUUUCAAAAAGGAAACCGUCAGCAAACUUUUGAUGAUGUUCUUUAAGGACGACAAAAGCAAAGUCAGCAACGAUACUGUCAUUCUCAUGGCUGAGAUGCUGAGAAUUUUCGUUAUCGAAGCAACACGCAGAGCAAUAAAACAGGCAGAGAAUGAAGACUGUGUUGGUGUGGAUUUGGAACAUGUUGAGAAAAUUUUGCCUCAACUGCUUUUGGAUUUCUGAUUCCCAUCUGGCCAACGUUGAUAUAGCCUGGACUUUUGGGAUCAACCAGACAACCUGGAUUUUGGGACCAAACACUUCCACAAUAGAUGCAAAAGCAUUUUGCACAGUUGCUGUAUAUAAGCAAUAUAUCUGUAUAUAAACAAUAAUUGUUAUGCAAGUCCUCGUCUACCUAAUCUCAUCAGUCAUUUUUGUCAAAGAUGUUGUAGCAUAUUUUGCCACAGUUUGUGAAUUAUUUAUUACUUAUUUGUGAAUAUAUAUUCAUGUUUGUUUGUUUGUUUAUAUAUGGAUAUCAAACAAUAAACAGGGUUAUCCAAAAAUAUAUCUUUGUUAAA